AUGCCCUUUGCAGCGAAGACCUCACUAAUAUUUGCAAAGAAGCAGGUCAAGAGGAACGCCUGGAUACCUCUUAACCAUCAGCUGUCUAAUAACAAUGUAAAGAUCACUGUAAUCUCUAUAAGAAUCUACUUUUAACAUAAUCUUAUCAGUGUGUGUGUGUGUGUGUACUUAGAUAAACUAUUCUCCCUCCUUCAGGUAUUUGAAGAAAGAAGUAACCUGCUGGGAAAGUGGGUAAGUGAGGUUCCAAAAAUGGAAAGUUAAAAAACCUAUAAAAUAUUAACCAUGGUGAAUCUGCAGCGCUUAGGUAGCCUAUACAGCAAUCCAGAAGGACCACAACCACUUGACAGCUUUUCACAAGUCUACAAAAACACUUUUUUACCCACAUUGGAAGGAUGUGCUUCUAUACGUCACUUAGGAUGAACUGAUUCCAUUCCUGCCUAUGUGUCUGUCUGUCUGUCUGUCAAUUUGACAAGUGGAGUGACAGCCAGAGAAAGGCGGUUCUACGGGACUUCUUCUCGCAGUGUUCCACGGGCCAGCUAAAGUCCCUCCAUCACAACCUGACCAAGAGGGUUUCAGAGGAGAACCUAGACUUUACCCCUGUCCUGCCCAGAGUUCUCUCUCUGUAUUUCUUCUCUUUCCUUGACCCCAGAAGCCUCUGCAGGUGUGCACAGGUAGGGUCUGGAAUGUCUGUUUCUGGUCUUUGUAAUAGCAGAAUUUGAACAGUAAACUAGCGUUGUGAAACCAGACUGACUGCUGUGCUGACGAUCAUGUGGAGCUCCACAUCGGCAAACCUAAGGUGAGUGACUGGAGGCCUGGACAGUGUUUAAAACGACCUGCAAGGAACAGACACAGUUCUUGUGAAACCUGUGUGUUCAGACUCCCUCACAGCAAGAGUUCAUCCUCCCCGAGGUGACGUCCAUAAACACUGUGACCUUUGACCAAUCAGAAAGUAUCGUCAGAGAGGUGCAGUCCGCACCCCCCGUCCAGCGAGAGAUGGGCGAUGGUGGCACCACGAGAGGGUCAGGAGGGUCCCAGCUGAAGGGGCUGCCCCCGUGGAGGGGUGCAGACAGAUACCCCACUGACACCGUGCAAUUUAACUAUCUGGAGAAUCUGGACCCCAUAGAGUAUGAUGUAAGACCACUUCCUCUGGUAGUGUGUGUGUGUUCAUUCCCAAAUGAAAGCACAACCUAUUAUGAACUGCCCUGUGGCCUGGGAUAAAUACAGUUGUAUUGAAUUGAACAAUCAGCACAUUGGUUUAAUUAGGCUAUGAAUUCCCAUGUAACUUGACCUGGUGUUCCUGUGACAUCAUCUAAGUAAAGAACAGGGGGUCAUCAUCACCAACAAGCCAGACAACACAAAGAAGAAAGAGCUGUCUGCAGCCAAUUAUAAACUACACAAGGCCAAGCCAGACAACACAAAGAAGAAAGAGCUGUCUGCAGCCAAUUAUAAACUACACCAGGCCAAGCCAGACAACACAAAGAAGAAAGAGCUGUCUGCAGCCAAUUAUAAACUACACAAGGCCAAGCCAGACAACACAAAGAAGAAAGAGCUGUCUGCAGCCAAUUAUAAACUACACAAUUCCAAGCCAGACAACACAAAGAAGAAAGAGCUGUCUGCAGCCAAUUAUAAACUACACAAGGCCAAGCCAGACAACACAAAGAAGAAAGAGCUGUCUGCAGCCAAUUAUAAACUACACAAGGCCAAGCCAGACAACACAAAGAAGAAAGAGCUGUCUGCAGCCAAUUAUAAACUACACAAGGCCAAGCCAGACAACACAAAGAAGAAAGAGCUGUCUGCAGCCAAUUAUAAACUACACAAGGCCAAGCCAGACAACACAAAGAAGAAAGAGCUGUCUGCAGCCAAUUAUAAACUACACAAGGCCAAGCCAGACAACACAAAGAAGAAAGAGCUGUCUGCAGCCAAUUAUAAACUACACAAGGCCAAGCCAGACAACACAAAGAAGAAAGAGCUGUCUGCAGCCAAUUAUAAACUACACAAGGCCAAGCCAGACAACACAAAGAAGAAAGAGCUGUCUGCAGCCAAUUAUAAACUACACAAGGCCAAGCCAGACAACACAAAGAAGAAAGAGCUCUCUGCAGCCAAUUAUAAACUACACAAGGCCAAGCCAGACAACACAAAGAAGAAAGAGCUGUCUGCAGCCAAUUAUAAACUACACCAGGCCAAGCCAGACAACACAAAGAAGAAAGAGCUGUCUGCAGCCAAUUAUAAACUACACAAAGCCAAGCCAGACAACACAAAGAAGAAAGAGCUGUCUGCAGCCAAUUAUAAACUACACAAGGCCAAGCCAGACAACACAAAGAAGAAAGAGCUGUCUGCAGCCAAUUAUAAACUACACAAGGCCAAGUCACUGGUAAGCACCUCUUAUUAGAAUGUGACACACACAGUUUUGUUCUUCUAUCCUCGUGGGGAUCUGAAAAUCCUAUUUUCCCUAACCUUAAACCUAACCCUUACCAUAAGCCUAAACCUAACCACUAACCCCUUACCCUAAUUCUAACCCUAACCGUAACCCUAAACCUAACUCCUAAGCUUAGAAUAGCCUAUGUCCUCAUGUGGACGUGGGAAAUGUCCCCACAAGGGAGAAUUAUCCUUGUUAUACUAUCCUUUUGGGGACGUUUGGGUAUUUUAGGUCCCUACAAGGAUAGAAGAACCAACCCACACACCAAGAGGCAUCAUGCAUAUUGAACAGACUUUAAAUGGAAAUGUAUGUUAAUACACUACCCAGGGGACUGUGUGUGUGUGGACAAAAACGCUGAUGCUGCUUCAGUGGAGGGGGAGAGGAAAAUUCUAAGUGUUUCCGUCUACAGAAAUACCACAUUUUAUCAGUGGAAAUACCCAACUAAAAGAUAAAACACCUAAAUAUAUAGUUAAAUAAUACAAUAUCAUCUGACACGGAUAGGGACAAUCAAGACACUAUAACAUGUAUGAAAAUGUAUGCACUCACUAACUGUAAGUGGCUCUGGAUAAGAGCGUCUGCUAAAUGACUAACAUGUAAAUGUAAAUGUAAAUGUAGACAUAAGCACAUGAAAAUACAGUGUCUGCAUCUGUUCUUCUCCCUCUUAGAUGUUCCUGUCCUUGGACCGGAGUCCAGGUUCUGGAGCAGGGCAGCAGAACCGUUUCCACCCCCAGUGGGCCACACAGAGCCUGGAGUACCCUGUCACCAAGGCAGCAGUCAAGAGCCUGUCUCAGUUGAACCAAUAAAACGCUGGGAUACGACCUGGUCCGGGGAGGUCAGCGGUGCCCAGGCUCAGUCAGGAAGGACUGAGGGCAUCAACGAGGACACACAGGAUCACACC